AUGUCACAAGUGUUCUGGUGCCGGGUGGAGCGCAUAGACCUCCCUGCAUCUCACGGACUCCUCGACCUUAUGACAGUAGCAAUGGCACAAGUCGAAUCACCUCGUGCCGUGCACACCAACCUGAACUACUAUCUCUUACCUUCAGAUGGCGGGACGAAGAUCUUCUAUCCUGGUACUGCAGGCAACUAUCGGCGCAAGCACGAUCCUCGACCUGUGGUGAUCGAGGACAUCAGAGGCUUGGAACACGUCUUCAAGGUCGAUAUACACGGCUUCCAAGUCCUGAAGCAUCCCGUGUCUAAGAAAGAGUACCAGGACGAGGAGAAGAUCAAGUCAACUGCUUAUGCUGAGACAGCAGAUUUGCUCAAGGAGGCCACCGGUGCAUCGCGAGUGCAUGUUUUCUCGCACAUUGUCCGGAGCCAGGCUUGGGACAGUGUACUUGAAGCUGGCAAAGACCUUGGCGACAAGGAGACGCAAGCUACCCGAACCAGUGCUCGGUUCAUCCAUGUCGACCAGUCAUACGAAGGCGCCAAAGAAAUGCUGCGCGACAACCUACCACCGGAAGAGGCAGAAAGACUCAGCAAGACCCGCUGGGCGAUCUUGAACGUAUGGAGACCGAUACAGCAAACCGUCCACCGCGAACCUCUAGCCGUAUGCGAUGCUCGCUCGGUGCCUGAGGAAGACCUGUACCCAGUCAGAGCACAAUUGCCGGGCAAAGGAAGUGGCUCGUUUGAGGAUGCAAGCAAGGGCGGAACGUUUGAAACUUGGCAGUUGAGGGCCAACCCGAAUCAUAAGUGGUAUUAUGCUUCAGAGCUUACUGAGGAUGAGGUACUGUUGAUCAAGUGUUAUGAUUCUAAGCUGGAUGGGCGAGCUAGGAGGGCCCCGCAUACUGCGUUCGCGACUGCUGAUGAUUAUGGGCCGCCGAGGCAGAGUGUUGAGAUCAGAUGUCUGGUGUUCUGGGAGGACCAGGCGCUCGAGUAG